AUGUCACCAGAGCCGUCAAAAGCAGCAUCGGAAACAGGACCAUUAGGGACAGCGGAUUUGGCCCAAUUACCCUCAAAACAAACAUAUGCUCAGUUUAACCAUGGAGGAGGGGGGACUUAUAUUGGCUCAUUCUGUGCAGGGUCUGGGGCUGAGGUGAAUAAAAUAAAGAAUAUAUUGCCACAAAACGGUGGAAAUGCUGAAGAUUAUGCAAAGCAAAUUGUAUGGAACUACUGCUAUGCAACAUCACGAGAAACAAGCAACAAUGGUUAUGGAACAUGGUGUCAAUAUUUCUAUUAUUGGUUGGGAGACAUAUUAAUUGACAAAGUACAAGUCAGUGACUCACCUUUGGAUCGUAUGAAAACAAUCUAUGAGAAAUUAAAGGGAGUCCAUAUUGUAGGGAAGAACGGUUGUGAAAUUAUAUACGAAAGAGACAAUAUUAGCAAAGAAAUUUUCAAUCACGUAAAAACACAUUUCGACUACAAACAGGACCAUACGAAAAUAGAAACGCAACUACAGAAAUCCAAUAAAAAAUGCACGACAGAAUACCUCAAUCAUCUAAAAGCCAUUACUCAAGCAUGUUCUGCUAUGAGCACAUAUUGCCCAGAUGGGCAGGAACAUGAGAACCCUAAAUAUUGUGGCGAAUUCAAUGCAGGGAAGGAAGGGGAAAGUGGCGGUUACUGCAGCACAGAGAAGCUACAGGAAUUGCAGUGUCAAGAAGUAGCUGAGGAGAUAGAAGUAGAAGUUGCAUCUGGAGCUGCGGCAGGUUAUAACCUUUUACCUUCGGGAAUAAGAAACUUGUUCGGAAACAAUGACAACAACAUUAGUAGAAGCAGCAGUAAUAGAAGCAAUAGAAAAAAAAGAUCCACCAUGAGGGAUGACUUCGAAACCCUUACAACUGACACCUCCACAUUGUAUUCAACAGCGGAGGAAGCUUCCACAAUAGCUGAUUCUAUAGCAGAUUCUACUGAUGUUUCUACCAUAUAUGAUAGACAACACAUAAAAACAAGAAGAACAAGAACAAAUAAUGGAAGACAGCAGCAACAACCACAGCAGGGUAGCCAAAGAAAUAAUAUUGCUUAUCAUCCUAGAUAA